UGAAGAGGUGUUGUAAGAACUAAGAACGUUAAGCACGGCUAGCGGUGGAGAUGAGACCGAUCGAAUUCCGUGUCCUAUAAAUAUGGUGGCGAGAAUGUCAAAGUCAGAUAGUUCGCUACAUCUUGCUGUGAUAAUUACACCCGACAUGAAAGCAUCAGCUGUAGUACUCCUGGCCGUAUUGGCGGCAGCUUCCGCAGCUCAGUUGACUGGUAGGGAACCAAUUCCCAUCCUCAGGCAAGACGCCGAAGUCAACUUCGAUGGUACAUUCAGAUCCUCAUAUGAAACUGGAAAUGGUAUUUCGGUCCAGGAGCAAGGACAGCUGAAAAAUGCGGGAAACAAGGAUGCUGAAGCUGAGGAAGUACAAGGAGGUUUCCAGUACACUGCCCCUGACGGCACUCCCAUACAGCUGACCUAUAUCGCCAACGAGAAUGGCUUCCAACCCCAAGGGGCUCACCUUCCAGUCGCACCCGUCGACGACAAAACACCCCCACCAAUCCCAGCAGCCAUCCUCAGGUCUUUGGAAUACAAUGCUGCUCAUCCCGAGGAGAAUGAGGAGAAACCACAGGGUAAUCUGCCCAGGAGGUUCUAGAUUGCGUAGGUGUUUGUAGAUACUUCAUUUUUUAGACUUGUGCCAUGUACAAAUGUUGAUAAUAAACAACCAUAAAAUGAAAUAAGGACGCUUUCAUUCUAACUAAUAGUGUAACUGUAAUGAAAAUAUUUCCUUUGGUUGAACUAACAGGGGACAGAUAGUGGAAUCUAGGCGCCUCUCUGGUGAAAAUUGUGUCAUUUGGGGUAGACUGAAGUCUGGCAAAGGUACCUGUAUUUUGCUGUCAUCAUUUAUCAGACUAAAAGACAAUUGUCAUUAUAAAAUUCAAAUUUUUCCUACCUUCAAUU